GAAGCAACGGUGGCACUGUUCGAGCGCACCACCUACUCAGUGGUGAAUAUAUUCAAUGUGACUCUUCAACCCCUUUCCCCAUUCUCGCCCCUUUCCUCCCAUGCUCGCUACCUCCUCAUACUCCCCUCCGUACAGGAAGCAACGGUGGCACUAUUUGAGCGAACCACCUACUCAGUGCAUGAACCCCAAGGGGCACGUGGAGGGGAGGUGCCUGAAGGGGCAAGGGGAGGUGAAGUGCUGCUGGUGACUUCGCUUCCCAUCCCUGCUUCUGCUUCCUUUCUGCUGCGCCCCCUCCCCGUUUGUCUGCUCCCUACUCCUCUCCCUAACCACAGAGGGCAACGGUGGCCCUAUUCGGGGCACCACCUACUCAGUGGUGAAUAUUUUCGACGUGACUCUGCGCCCAAGCAUGAGCACCACGGGGCAGGUGGAGGUGCCGUGCUGGUGACUUCCCAUCCCUGCUUCUGCUCCCUACUCCCCUCCCUACCACCACAGGAAGCAACAGUGGCUCUGUUCGAACGCACUACUUAUUCAGUGGUGAACAUAUUCGACGUGACUCUGCGCCCCCGCAUGAACACCACGGGGCAGGUGGAGGUGCCUGAGGGGAACGGGUCGGGCGUCGUGUGGAACAGUGACGGGUAUAUUGUUACCAAUUACCACGUGGUUGGGAGUGCACUCUCGCAAAACCCCCCUGCUGGAAGGACUAUCGCCAGAGUCACCUUGCUCGGGACAGACGGUUUCCAACGCAAUCUGGAGGGAGUGCUGGUGGGGGCUGAUCGGACCAAGGACCUUGCAGUUCUCAAGGUCUCUGCCCCUCCCAACCUCCUCCGCCCACUUCCUAUCGGCGACUCCUCCUCCCUGCGGGUGGGGCAACGUUCUUAUGCCAUCGGCAACCCCUUUGGGUUUGACCACACGCUGACAGCGGGAGUGCUGAGUGGGGUGAAUCGCGACAUCUACAGCGCAGCAGGCGUGGUGAUUGCAGGGGGUGUGCAGACAGACGCUGCCAUCAACCCCGGCAACAGUGGCGGCCCUCUGCUUGACUCUGCUGGCAGGCUCAUCGGAAUCAACACCGCCAUCUACACCAACACCGGCACAUCUGCUGGCGUGGGAUUUGCCAUCCCUGUAUCGGUGGUGGCGCGCGUGGUUCCGCAGAUCAUCCAGUAUGGGAAGGUCAUUCGCCCCACGCUGAACGUGCAGCUGGCAGCAGACGGCAUUGCCAGGCAGCUGGGCGCGGCAGCAGGGGCGCUGGUUCUUGGGGUGAAGCCAGGGUCAGCAGCAGCCAAGGCAGGAGUGACGGCCACAAGGAGGGGCUUUGCAGGCAACAUUGUGCUGGGAGAUGUGAUAGUGGCGAUUGAUCAAUACACUGUGAAAAUGGCUGCUGAUGUGGACAAGGCCCUGGAUGACCUGUCAGCGGGUCAAACUGUGUCGCUUCAGUUAUUGAGAAAUGCUGCGUCGAAGCUUCCUCGUAAUAGCAGGCGCUUCCUGAUACGCGCGUCGCAAUCGGGCGACGCGCAGACACCCGGUGAAAGGACAUUAAAGGCCAUUAGGGAUGCUGCGGGGGCAAAAACCGGAGCGGCCGCCGACAAAUCCGGCGGAGGAAACGGCGGAGAUGCCGGUAGUAGCAGCGGCAACGCAGCGCAAUCGGCGCUGGAACGCGCAUUAGCAUACAAGGCGAAGAGGCAGCAGCAGCAGCCAGGAGCGACCGCAAUCGCCGCAGCAACACCUGCUGACAGCAAUGCUACUGCUUCCGGCGGUAAUAACGCCUCAAGCAGCAGCAAUGGCGGUCCCGCUGCUUCCACUACUAGCGGUGCUGCUGGUGCUGUUACCAGCAUUGAAAUCAGUGGUAACCCUACCAGCAGCGCCGUUACCGGUGGUAACCCUACCAGCAGCGCCGUUACCGGUGGUAACCCUACCACCAGCGGCGUGCGAUCGUACGCGGAUCAGGUGGCGGAGAUGGUGGCGGCGCUCGCGGCGCGGGAAGCAGAGCAGGGAAAAGCGCAGCAGCAGCAACAGGGGGACGAGGAGGGGAAAGCGAAGGCGAAGGGAAAGGAGGAGGAGGACGAUAAGGAUAUUAUCGAGGUGGAGAUUGUAACGAGGGACGGAGUGAUCAAGCGCCGGACUAAGCGGUCGGAGAUGGAGUGGGGAGGGUCAACCGGCGCCAAGAGCGCCAGACCCGGCGGAAUCGGCGGCGGAAUCGGCGGCGGGAUCGGCGGCGGGAUAGGCGGCGGAAUGAUGGGGAAUCCCGGGGUAGCCGGGGCGCGCGCGCGAGGCGCGUCGACUCUGUCGAUUUCCGGCGCGGAUUUUCUCGGAUUGGGGUUUCAGGAGGAUCGGGAGAAGCAGCAGGCGCGCGGGAAGGGCCCGCUGCCAGCUGGACUGCAGGCUGACGUGGACUUCGACGCGGCCACGUCAGCAGGGAGUCUCCCGCAAGUGGAGAUGAUCGUCGGAUCGCGUGUGAUUACCAAGAGGGGGGAGACGCCGGGGGAGCAGCGGCAGGGGGGGGCGCAGGGGGAGGGCGAAGGGGGAGCGGGGGGAGCGGAGAGCGAGUAUAAGCCCAAGGUUGCCACGUGGGGAGUAUUCCCGAGGCCAAGAGACAUCUCGAGAACGGUGAGAGGGAGAGGGUGGGGGAAGGGUGGGGGGAAGGAGGGGGGAAGGAGGGGGGAACUUGACGGAAUGAUUCCUUUUUCUUUAAAACGGCCAAGGGACAUCUCGAGAAUGGUGAGAAGGAGGGAGAGGGUUGGGCGGUAUGCGCCUGUGUGUGGGUGCCUCAAUGUUGCAAGCGAGUGUGUGAGGGAGAGGGUUGGGGGGUAUGCGUGGGAAGAUGAGGAAACGGAUUCCUUUUUCCGUACUGACGGGUGCAAGACCUCACCAAUGCGGAUGCCAUCUCCACCGUUCUCCACCCCUCUCUCUUCCCCAUCACACUCCCAUCUUCUCCCUCUGUCCCCUUCAGUAUGGGGGAGGGCGCACCAUCAGGCCAGGAGAGGCGCUAGAGACAGAGGAGGAGAAGAGGGAGAGGGAGGAGACGACACGAAAACUGCUGGACGAGGGAUGCCACUGCUGCUGAUGCCAUCCCCUUCGCCUCCCCUUCUCCGCUUCUCCCUGUGUGUCCCCUUCCAGUACGGUGGAGGGCGCACCAUCAGGCCGGGGCAGGCACUAGAGACAGAGGAGGAGAAGCGGGAGAGGGAGGAGAAGACGAGGAGACUGCUGGAUGAGUACAACCGACGCAUGGGCUUUAAGAUGGACCCCGCCGUCAAGGCGGAGUGCGAGGAGGUGAGUGGGAGUCCGCCCUUUUGCAUCUCCCUCUCGCCGUGCUGUGCCCCUUUGAGUCCCCCCGUCCCCACUGCUGGUUGCACGCGCAUGGGUUUUAAGAUGGACCCUGCAGUCAAGGCAGUCUGCGAGGAGGCGAUGAGGGAGGGAGCAGCGGUGAUGGAGAGGGGGAGGCUGAGGGAGGCACUGAAGCAGUUUGGCGUGGUUGUGGGUGGGAGAACUUUCGGCCAGUACCCCCCUUCCUCAAGUAACACCUCCCCAUCCCCCUUCUUCCCGUUCCCGUUCUUACAGGCGAUGCGGGAGGGAGCAGCGUUGAUGGAGAGGGGGAAGCUGAGGGAGGCACUGGAACAGUACGGCGUGGUGGUGGUGGCCAUGAGAGAGGGAGCGGUGCUGAUGGAGAGGGGCAAGCUGAGGGAGGCACUGGAGCAGUACGGCGUGGUGGUGGCCAAAACGACCUUCCAGAACGAGAUGCACGGCAGAGCAGCCAUUCAGCAGGCUGUUUGCCUCGACUCCCUUGCCCGAUCGGAUGAGGCCAAGGCCAUGUACGAGAGGCUGACAGGGCAUCCCAACGAAGGGGUCAAGAGGAAGGCCCGUCAAAUGCUGUUUGGGUUCCAGGCAGCAGAGAGUCUUCGCUUCACGGGUGGCUCUGACUACGACUCGUCUUGGUACAAGAAAUACUUCGAUGCGCUUGCAAAAGGUUCCAAGUACAAUAAUGUUUACAAGGCAACGCAAGAGGAUGAGGAGGAGAGCAAUAAGCAGCUGGUGAAAGAUGCACUGUUGUAUGGGCUCUUGUUGCUCAUGCCUGUUGUGCUUAUUCUAGCAGUGGCGGCAACAAGGAAUGCGAACUGA